AUGUCGUUUUGUGUCAUUUACGAUAAAACUUUGCUGCAGUCAACGAAGGUCUGGGCUCUGGACAAAGAAGUGACCCAAUACGCAGAAGAGGUGUCCUCGCUGCCCUGUCCAGGCCAGAUCGUCCAUGAGGAACAUGCCCCGACUCCUCCUCCCCAGGUUUCUCCAUCUGAGGCAUCUCACUCGGACUCUGGAUUCAGUUUAUCAUCUAGCUCCUCCGGGGAGGUUACUGGGACUCCCUUUGAUUUUGGGACACAGCGCUAUGAAUACCCUUUCCCUCCCACCCAAGGUACAUCAAGCGAUCCGUUUUUACCACUUUCCUCUUCAAUUACAAUCACAUCUCCAUCCAAUUCCAUCUGGCCUUCGUGGCCUGCACAAGUCGUAAAAUCCUUCCCUCUCACUGCCCCUCCCCCCAAAAAAGUCAGAACCCAUCCGAAGUUACGGUCCGUGGCUGCGCGAGAACCACCCGUCCCACCUAGCCUGGCGAAUAAACGGAGUUUCUGGAGUCUUAGCCUCCAGCGCCAGGCCUCUGCAGAAAGUCAACAAAGUGACCUCAGCGACACUCAAACACGCGGCCGGAAGCUUUCUCCCGGCAGUGUGGGGUUUACCGAGGUAGACGCCUACCCUGUGUCCGACUCGGAAAUCACUGUACGCCGUCGCCAGCCUUCAGCACAUGCCGUUUGUGCUUCUGGCUCUAGGACGGAUCCAAGUGAGGGAAACAGCCGAUCAAAACGGGGUGAUAACGUAUGGCGGUCGUACUCCAGAAGUACCGGCUGCGGGUGCACCAGCCUCUGGUCCUAG